UGUGAGCGUGUGCAUGAGGUUGACAGGGAACAGUGAACAACAGAUGUUUCGGGGACAGCAGGCCACUCAUGGUCACACAGACACACACGGAGUGUAGCUGUGCAUGUGAUCACAGCUACAAACUCUCCAUAUUUGUCAAGCGUGAUUUGCUUGAGUCAUAGAUUCAUAAUUUUUAGUUGAAGUGUGUUUUAAUUCCGCAAACAUGGGCUGCUCCUCAUCCAGUGCUCAGACUGUAGAUCAAGAAAAAAAACCUGGUACCAAGCCAGAAGAGAGCAAUGGAGGCACACUGGCUGUUCAGAACGGCAUCAUUGCAGAGACCAUUGAGGACAAAAUGCAAUUGCCUGUAAGUGACUUGGCAGAUGAUCUUCAGCAGGAAGCUGAUGAUGGGGCAGAGGCAGUGUUAGUGGUAAUGGAAGCCCAAGAGGAUCUUGGCUCUGGUGAAGACAUUUUGACUGAUCUUGAACCACAACCAGAUCCUGUCAGUGUUGAAGAACCUGGUUCAGCUUCUUGUUCAUCAAAGGCCUCCGGUGACUCAACAUUUGCUGAUGUUGCUGCAGAAGCCUUGGACCCUUUGAUGGCCAAACCACUUUCCGAGGAGGAGAUCCCUGCCAUGGGAGAUAGUGAAAUUAGGCAAGCAGAGGUCCCUGCUGAAGAAAAUAUUGAAACUUGUAAGACAAUUGUUCCUGUCCCAGAAGAUGAUGAUGUGAUUAAGGGUGAGGUCUCAGUUGUAGAAGAAAUGAAGGCUGAUAGACCUACUGUAGAUGUUGAACCUGUGUAUGCUAAGGUUCCUGCUGUUGUAGAACAGGCAUCUGCUGUCCCAGCUGGGGCCUCUCCUGAAGUUGCCAAUCCUGUUGUUGAACCUGUGGUAGCAGAUACACAGGAAGCAGUAGCUGAUGUCCCUGAUGAGGUGGCCCCUUGUUUAGAGACAGCAACUGAAAAUUCUCCCCUGCUUCCACCUUUAGUAAGGCCUGAAUCUCCUGCUUCAACUGAAGCUGCAAUCAAUGAAGUUGAACCACCAGCUGGAGCUACACCAGGUGAUGGUUCAGUAGAAGAUCGAAUCACUGCUAAAUCCUCUGAGGUAAAUGAAUCUCCUGCUUCAACUGAGGCUGCAAUCAAUGAAGUUGAACCACCAGCUGGAGCUACACCAGGUGAUGCUUCAGUAGAAGAUCCAAUCACUGCUAAAUCCUCUGAGGUAAAAGAAGCUACCAUAGAUACAGGGAUUGCAGUGGCGACGAUUCCGGAGAUGCUUCCUUUAGUUCCAGUUACAGAUGAGACACAAGCUGAGUAUACAUUAGCUGUUGAAGAGUCCAAAGAAGCUCUUGUGAUGCCUUCAGAAACUGUUCCACAAGCAGAACCCUCGUGUCCUGCAGAAUCGACCGCUCCUCAGGAGCCUGCCUUGGUAGUCCUGGAGGUUCCAGUAACUUCAACAUUGCUUUUAAAAACAUCAUCAAAGGAAGCCUCAGAAGUUCCACCAGCUUUUGGAGCCUCUUCAUCUUCUGUGGCGAUUGAUUGUGCCGUUGAAGUUCCUGUACCCAGGCCUACACAAAAAGAAAUUGAGGCCAAUUCACCAGUCACUGCUGCUGAGCAAGUUUCUGAACCCUCAACUCAAGUAGUGUCUGAAGCAGAGUGCCAUCAGGAUAUGGAGAAAGAAAAAGCCAAAAAGGAAGACUGAAUCGACAGGAGAAAACUGCUAAAAAAAAAAAGGAAAAAACUCAAAGCUGCAAAUAUAAAGGCAAGUGAUGGAAAAAGGUGAUGCAUCAACAAAGCCAACCUACCAUUGUCUGUAUUGUCGUAGUUUUUAUCAAGUGUAUACAUGUCUGAUAGAUGAAUACACAAUGUGGCUUAAUUUUCCACCUAUUAGAACAAGUUUUUAACAGAUUCUAUUAUUACUAUAUAUUGGAGAUGCUAUGUAAACAAAUAAGAUGGGUAACAUGGUCCAAGUGUAGUUGUUAAUGGUACUAUAACAUACUAUAAAAUGUUUUAGUUAUGUCACAUUUCAGAAAUGUAGUCAUAUUGUACUUUGAUGUGUAUGUAAUAUCUUUGGCAUCUUCCUACUAAUGUGGUUGGUGUUUUUAAUUAAAAAAAAUUGUUGAAUUACCUCCAGUUCUGAAUGACGUUUUAAAAUAAAAAUCCUGAAUGUCCAACAAAACUAACUAAAAAAACGUAAUUCAUGGAAUGUGCAGAAAGAUUCCUUUUUUAUUACUAUUGUCUUUCGUCAUCAGCAUUUUUGUCUGUAAUACAGAACAUUCCUUAUACUGUAUGGGAUUCUGCUAACAGUGAACAGAAUAAAGUUUCAGUCACU